AUGGAGCUGUGGAAGCAGCUGAGGCAGGCUGGAUUGGCCCCGGAGCUGGGCCUACCCCCUCGUGCCCUGAGGGGGGUCCCCCCAGUGGAGAGGGUGGGUCAGACCCUCUCGUCCCCAGGGGCGGACACUGGAAGUGCCAGGGAGCGUCUGCUGUGGAUCUGGGAGGAACUGGGGAACCUCCGCCGAGUGGAUGCACAGCUGCUGGGCCAACUGUGCAGCCUGGGACUGGAGAUGGGAGUGCUUCGGGAGGAACUGGGUGCCCUCCUGGAAGAGGAGGCAGAGGAGAGCAGCGAGGAAGAGGACAGAGAGCUGGAGAGGAAGCAAGAAGGGGCCUCCAGUCCAGUCCCAGGUCACCGCCUUCCUGACUUUGAGAUGACUAUCUGAAGCCCUGCCCUGUGCUUCAGAUGGACACAGGAAUGAUAUGCAAAUUAAUGCAAAGAAGAUAGGGGAUCUGCAGGUCAAAUCAACCUGCAGAUGUCGAUUCGGAAUCAGCAUGUGUUCCUUGAGCCAGUGAUUUCUCUGAGGUUGUCUGAGAUGAAAUUGAGGGGUUGGCCCCAGAGCUGUGGGGCCUUUUGCAGAUGAAACUCUGGAUGUAUUUGCAGAUGUGUUGUAGAUGCGUUGCAGGGGAGACAUGGAUCUUUGCAAAUAUGAUGGAGAUACGUGCACUUGAAAAGUGGCUAGCCCAAAUUGAGAUAGGCUGUGUGGCAUACACACUGAACUUCAAAACUGGGUAUAAUAAAAAGAGUAUACAACAUUUCGAUAACUGUAAAAAUUAAUUACAUUUUGAAAUGAUAA